UCGGAUUUCGUUGUGAUGCCAUUUUUUCCUCCUCCUUUAAUCUUCGUUAUCCUUUUAGAGAUCAAUAAAAUCUUCUCUUCGCUUAGCGGGGAAAAAAAACCACACACACGCACUCAACUUCGUGUCUAGUCUAUAUAUCUUGAAUUGGGCUUCUCUCUACACUGCGUUUUAGGGCCAUCUUGCGCUACCCCAACUACUCUUGGAGCUACAGAUACGCACAAUUCUUCCUCCGUCCAUACUACCAGUCUACUACAAUGGUGGAAAUGGAAAAAAACGCCAACAAAAAAUCGAAGAGGGCUCUACUCCUACUAAACGUCAUCUUCCUCGCCAUCGGAGCCUGCGGCGGCCCCAUGGUCAUGCGCCUCUACUUCCUCCACGGCGGCAGCCGGCUAUGGCUCGAGAGCUGGUUGGAAACCGGCGGCUGGCCCGUCACUUUCAUCCCACUCCUCAUAGCCUACCUCCGCCGCCGCCGGAAAGAGGGCUCCCCCGCGAAGCUCUACUUCAUGGGAGGACCGGUGUUUGUGGCGGCCGCCGUCAUCGGCCUCCUCACCGGGCUCGACGACUACAUCUAUUCCUACGGGGUGGACCGCCUCCCCAUAUCGACCGUCUCUCUGGUGCUCGCCUCCCACCUGGCUUUCACCGCGCUCUUCGCGUUUAUUCUGGUGAAGCAGAGGUUCACUCCGUAUUCGAUCAACGCCGUGUUUUUGCUAAUCGUCGGAGCGGGGGUUCUGGCUCUUCACUCGAGCGGCGACCGGCCCGAGGGGGAGUCGAACAAGGAGUAUUUUCUGGGGUUCUUCAUGACGCUGGCGGCCGCGAUUUUGUACGGAUUUGUGUUGCCGUUGGUGGAGCUGACGUACAAGAAGGCAAAGCAGGCCAUUACUUAUACCCUGGUGUUGGAGAUUCAGUUGGUUAUGUGUUUCUUUGCUACUCUGUUCUGCACCAUUGGCAUGCUUAUCAACAAGGACUUCAAGGCAAUCCCGAGGGAGGCAAGAGAUUUUGAACUUGGCGAAACAACAUAUUAUGUGGUGCUGGUUUGCAGUGGCAUAGUUUGGCAAGGUUUCUACCUAGGUGCAAUAGGAGUCAUCUUCGCUGGCUCAUCACUGCUCUGUGCUGUCAUUAUCGCAACUCUACUCCCGGUGACCGAAAUCCUAGCCGUUAUUUUCUACAAGGAAAAGUUUACGGCAGAGAAAGGAGUUUGUCUCGUCCUCUCGCUAUGGGGAUUUCUUUCCUAUUUCUAUGGUGAGCUAAAAAAUGAAAAGGAGAAGAGUGAUCAACCUCAAACUCCAGAAGCAGAAAUUCCACAGGCAAUCAGUAUUACGACUUCACCAUGAAUGACUUCAGAUCUGUAUUGUUGAAUGUUGUGCUUGAAAUCAAUGUAGAACUUGGCCUAGCGUAUUUAUAUGAAAUUUGUUUUGCCGAUUAAAAAAAAAUUACCUCAAAAAUUACAAAGAGGGUCCUGUGAAAAUAGCCAGUAUCGAAUUUGGAAGUAAAAUGCUAUGAGCGAAGCAGAAUGAAAGAAAGUAGUAUUUGACAUA